AUGACACUGCUUUUCCUACUACUCUUCACACCUCUCGCUGUUUUUGGUAGGCCCAUUUAAUGAAAGGGAUUUCUGAUGUUUCCAACUUAUGCGAUCACUAUGAGAACGGUUUCAACUGAGUAGAAGCAUUCAAAUUCAAUCAAUUGGCACUAAUUCUGGGGCAGGCUCAUUUCACUACUUUAGGUUUUCAAAUGCGAUUUUCUCGAGUUUCUGAAGCGUUAAGCAAAAAUGAAAAACAUGGUUGAAAUUCUAUCAAAAAGAUCUAUGGAACCAUGAGAGAGAUUGAAUCCCCGGCAUUCCUAUUCAGGAGAGACUCUCGACUUCUGUCCACCUCACGCAGUCUACGGAAAAGAGCCGGAAGAAGACUGUGCGCAGCCAUCGGAUCCAAACGGACUGCCGAAGUCGUCCCUCGAGAAAUGGUUCACCAGAGAAAUGUUCGCCGACCUCUUUCCCAAGUCGAACAUCGGAGUGGGUCCGCAUCCGUGUCUGCCCUACUCGUUCGAGUCGUUCGUCCUCGCCGCCCGCUACUUUCCCGAGUUCGGAGCCGCCCAUCCGAACAAGCAGUUCAAAGCGGACGAGCAUCACAAAAGGGACGUCGCCGCGUUCUUCGCGCACGCCCUUCAGGAGACGGGCGAGAACGACGUGAGCAUGUACAAGUGAGUUGAGAAAACAAAAAAGAACUGGACAAUAUUCCCAAAGUACAGUAGCACGGAUCUCACGUUGGAGCAGGCGCACGAGUGUUUCUAUCGGGGCGGUUUCUACAAUUGGUUCGAAAGAGGACCCAACUCGUCGUUUCUGAUCCCCAACUUCCCAGGUUCGUCCGGUCCUUUCCGACUGUUUUGAAAUGUUCUUUCCUUUAGGUUUCUCGCCAGUAGAUGGAAAAAGAUGCACCGAAGAGGGAAGGUACUGCAAGAGCGACCCGAUUCUCGACUUCUGGUACCCGUGCAACUCCGACACCGAGACGCACUUCAAUCAGACCUUCCACAAGGGAUGUUACUUCGGACGCGGGGCUCUGCAACUCUCCUGGAACUACAAUUACGGUCUCUUCCAGCAGUUUCUGCUCACAAAAGGGAUCAAAGUGGAUCUGAUCGAGAAUCCGAAUCUCGUGAUGACCAAGAUGGAUCCACCGCUCGCAAUGAUGGCUUCGCUCUGGUUCUACAUGACUCCGCAGCCGCCGAAGCCUUCGAUGCAUCAGAUUGUGGUGGGCGACUGGAAACCGUCGUCGAAGAACCGGAGAGCCGGCUAUCAGGGGGCCAUCUUCGGGCCGACGAGUCUGAUCAUUAAUAAUGAGUGCGCGGGCGAGGAUGCGGACGAUCCGGGCGGUCCCGGCGAGUCGCGGAGGAUCAAGGCGUUCAAAUGGUUCUGCAAGUACUUCAAAGUGCCCGUCGGCUCGGAGAGAACUCUAAGCUGCAAAGGUUCGCUUUCGAAUUCAGAAAAUUUGUAUCGAAUACUCACCUCUAAAAGUUUAGGAAUGUUGGACGGCUUCGACGCGGUGCAGCACAUGUACUCGUGGCAUCCCGAUUGGGGAAACAUGUGGAAGUCUCAAUCGUGCGACUGCGCGCCCGCCCCCUACGGAGGCCCUCUUCCCUACUACGAUCCGAAGAUCUACCCGCACGAGUUCACGAAGCAGAACGAUCGGAACCGUCUGCGGUGUGUGUACAGCAUGUACGAGAGUCCGGAGACGUUCCGGCUCGACGACGGCAAUUCGCCUUGUUUGAAGCAUAAACCGAAGAUUCGGCUGACGAAGACGGGCAUUCGAGGAUGA